AUCCCAAACUUCUCUUGGAGUUGCCUCUCUGCUCCUCUUCCUUUGCUUCAAAAAAAUGUCAUCUUCAACGUCUCCUUCCUUUUCCCAUUAACAAUCUUUUCAUACUGCGCUGUGCAAUCUCCACAAAAUAAAUACAGACUUCAUUAUCUAUCUUUAGCUUAAGCCAUGUCCGCCCUAUCGAGAGGCCUCAUUUCUGGCUUCCACCAGCUUCUUUCACUCAGUACUAAAACGACAUCGCCAACAGCAACACCAGCACCAUUCUACUUGCUUAGGAGGUUUAGCACCGACUCUUUAAUCGAUGGAUUCGAGAUCCAAAACCAAGGGGCUCGGAUCAUUGAAGCAAAGCCCGGCAUCAUGACCCCUAAUUCUAAGCGAACUGGAGUUAUUGCUCUCAAGUGUGGAAUGACUGCUCUUUGGGAUAAAUGGGGCCAGAGGGUUCCCAUCACUGUGCUUCGGGUAGACGAUAACAUCGUUACUCAGGUCAAGACUGUUGAGAAGGAAGGCCAUUUUGCCUUACAGAUUGGUUAUGGGUCGAAGAAGGCAAAACAUUUGACAAAGCCUGAAGUGGGUCAUUUCAGAGCUCAUGGUGUUCCAUUGAAGAGGAAAUUGAGGGAGUUCCCUGUGACAGAAGAUGCACUUCUCCCUCUUGGUACUUCCAUUGGCGUUCGCCAUUUUGUUCCUGGUCAAUUCGUUGAUGUCACGGGAAUUACCAGAGGAAAAGGAUUUCAGGGUGGAAUGAAAAGACAUGGUUUUAAAGGAAUGCCAGCAAGUCAUGGUGCAUCAUUGUCACAUCGAAGUAUUGGUUCUACUGGUCAAAGGGAUGCUCCUGGUAAGGUAUUUAAAGGCAAAAAGAUGCCUGGGCGCAUGGGUGGGAAUCAGGUAACAGUUAAAAAUGUAUGGAUCUACAAAAUACAUCCGGCAAGGAACUUGAUGUGGGUGAGAGGCCAGGUUCCUGGUGCUGAAGGAAACUUUGUGUUUAUAAAAGAUGCUGUUUACAAGAAGCCUGAUAUUUCAUCACUUCCAUUCCCUACCUGCCUUGCAGCAGAAGAUAAGGAUAUAUCAGAACCUAUAAUUGCUGAACUUGGAGAUAUAGAUCCAUUUAUGGCUGCGGAUUAAUUGAUUAGGCUUAAUUGCAUUGCAAUCGUUACUUUUUACAUUGAAUACAGGUGGCAUGACAGGGGUGUCUUCUGAGCAAUAUGUUGAGGCUUUCAAUCCAGUUAAUUUUGUUGGAGGGGCAUGUAAUUUUUUUUAUUUGCAUUUAAAAAGGGGAGGUUAAAAUGGCCAACCAUGAUUUGAUGUGGGAACAGAGUUUCAAAUAAAUAUGGAUCUUGGGUAUCUGGGCCAUUGGUUAGCUUCUCUUAAAAAAUUGUUAUCAAUUUACUGUCUGGGGCUCUUGCAUAUGAAGGUGUCAAUGCAUUGAAUUUGCUUC